UAGAAUCAUAUGGAAAAUAUUUUCAAUUAUAAUAAUAAUAUUAUUAGUUUUCUAAAUAACAGUUUUUUUAAUAAUAAUAAUAAUAAUAAUAAUAAUAAUAAUAACAAUAACUUUGGGGAUAAUUUAAUAAUAAAUGAAAAUGAAAUAGCAAAUAAUGAACAAUUAAAUAAUAAUAAUAAUCAUAAUCAUAAUAACCAUAAUAACCAUAAUAUUAAUCUUAAUAAUAAUAAUACUAAUUAUAAUGAAACAAAUAGAAAUAUUAUCAAUUCUUUAAUAGAGUUAGUAGCCUCAAAAGAUCCAUGGGUAGAUUUUUUGUCAAUUCAGUUAAACUUUGUUGUUCCAAUCGAUGUUUCAAUUGAAAUAUUCAAUUUCAUACACUCGCCAAACUGGAAGCUAAGAUACUUUGCCGUUGUAUACCAUGCACAAUAUUUUAACUACAAGUUCAAUCAUAAUAUUAAUCUUAAAGAAUAUAUUGCUUUCAUUACCGAAUUAUUCUUUGAUGAAAAUGAUAUUGUCUUUAAUAAAAUAGAGUGCUACAGGGAAAAUCAUAUUCAUCAUAUUAUAAACCCAUUAUUUUACAGUAUUAUAAAUGACAAAAGAUUUAGUGAAUGGAAGAAAUCUAAACAUGAAAAAUCUUUAAGUUGCUUUAAAUUCUUUAUAAAUAAAAGAACUCCAAAGCUCGUUAAGUUUAUUGAAAAGUCUUUAAUGGAAGAAAUUAAUGAAAUUGUUACAAAAGAUAGUUUAAAUUGGUAUCAAACCUAUUUUUAUAACAAAUAUUUUCAAAAUAACUCAGCUCACUACUGCAACGAAGUAUGUGAUCAAGAAUGUAACGAGUCAUUAAUUAAAGAAAUAUUUUUAUUUGAAUUAAAUAAACUUUCCAGUAAAUUAAAUAGAAAAAAUCAAACACAUAUUAAUAAUAGUAAUAUUAGUAUAGGUAAUAAUAGUAAUGACAGUAAUAAUAAAAACAUACCAGUAUUCAAUGAUUACAUUUUAAAAGUAAUAAUAGAGCAAUUAAUAAUUAUAAAUCAUAUUAAUGAUUACAAGUUAAGUGAUCAUAUUUCAGUCUGUAAAAUGAACUUUGUUCCAGUUGCUUUAGUGUCCAAGAAAUUCUUUAAAAUAUUAUCAAAUGUAUUAUCAAACACCGAGUUCUUAUGGUAUAAACAAAUCGAUUACAAAAGUGAAUUUAGUAUUGUAAAAGAGCCACCAUUAUUUAUGGAUUAUGAUUCCAUUAAAUUAAUUGACUAUAAAAAUAUCGAAGAUCAGUUUUCCAAAGUGAAACAUUUUUAUAUACAAACUCAAACUACAACCGAUGGCUGUUCAGUCUCAAACAUGUAUCCAAAUUAUUUCCACAGCUGUAAAUACCCAGGGCCAAGAUGUAAUGAAAACCACGGUCGUAGAGAAGUAGAGUAUUUAAUAUUCCCAGCCAAAAUGCCACAGUUAAAAAAGUUAACAUUAAACGGUUUCUUAAAAUACGACAAUGUUCAAUUACUCGUUAACCAUAUUUCUUGCUGGUCCAUGACUCCAUCAACUCUAGAGUAUUUAGAAUUCACUAUCAAGGAUAGCUUUGGUUGUUGCUCCACUAAAUCAUCCCAAAACUAUAACUUUUUAUCAAAUAUAUUAAAGAAUCAUUCAAGUUCACUCAAAAAAAUUGUAAUUAACUAUGAAAGCAAUUUUUUUUAUCAAGAUAUGCUCAAUUUCUUCAAUAUAGUUGAACCAUUUAUCAGCUCAAUACAAAUCGUUCUAAAUAUAGUUAAUUUAAGAUACAUCAAUUGUUUAGUAUCCAAUAUUAUUCAAGAAAAUGACAGGCUUGUAUUAAAAAUCUCAAAUAGUGCAAAUCAUGAAUUAAUGGGACUUUUUUCAAAAAUCAAUUCCUACAUAUAUACCAAUAAUUUUAUAAUUAAAAAAAUGGUUAAAUAAAAUCUUUUUCUUAUUUUUAUUUAUUUUAUUAC